AUGUGGAAUGGUGAUGGAACAGUUGAGAUCAAUGGCUUUCGAGUUUACUACACAGAGGUGGAAUGUGUAAGGAGAAUCUUUGAAAGACACCCAGAAACAGCUUUAAAUCUUCGUCCAAAGAAUCAGUUGGUGAAGAAUGCGUACAUGAACACCCUUCUCGACCUCAUAGAUAUAGCUUGCUCAGCUCCUCAGGAGCUAACAGAGGAGGAACUAGUAGAUGCUGAGAACACGCUUUUGGAUCUGGUAGGGGUAGGUUUUGAGUUGGAUUGGUUGAAGAAGAAGCUGGAGGAGCUUUGCGUGAAGAAGAAUAAAAUGGAAACACGUGGUGAACACAUGAGAGAACUCGAUAGAAUGAUUGUGGAACAGAGACAAGUGUUGCUUGCGCUUGAAGUUGAACUAAAGAAUGAAGAGAACGAAGCCGUUUCCGACAGUGCCCGAAUUGGUUUUGAGGAUGUUGUUUGA